AAUUUAUUUCAGUUCUCAGCUAGUGAUCCCGCUAUUGUCUCUACGAGUAUGCAAGCACUUUGCAGACCUCGUUCCGCUGCAGUUUCCUUGUUGGAUGUGAACCCUGCCGAGCUUUAUUUUCUUCAUUUCUGACUCUCGGACAGAUUUAUCGUUAUCCUCCUCUCACACAUGCAAAUAUUUGUGCUCUAGUAUCAAUCUGUUCUGCGUUUACCACUUGCAGAUCGAUCCUACCUUCGACGAUGUCAAGCUGAAAAAACAAAAGACAUGUUUGUGGCGCGGCGCAGCUCGAGAAAGGUAUUCAAACGACGCCACCCCUCGAUCAAGCACGUCACUCGCGAUGAUCGCCAAAAGCAAAACGCAAGGGAAGCGCACUUGGCUCCUGCCUGCUUUUUUGUCGAUUUCCUCAAGAACCCGAGGCCGGCGCAGCACUCCAGCGACGCGCUUUUCUCAAUUGUCCCUGCUCCUCUCAGACUAGUAUCUGAAAUUGCAGCGACAGCGACUAGGGACAUGCCCCAGCCUCGAAAACUUUUAUGCACGACGUCACAAAAUAAAAAUGGUCGUAACCUAUUCGGUAAAUGCCGGAGAAGUGGUCUUCCCUCUUGCCGAAUCAAGGAUGGAAAUCAAAUGCAAGGGACGCGUCUCGUCGCACCACACGUGGUCAACGAAGUUCGGAUAUUUUCACAGAGAACAAACGGGCCUGGCAAUGUUGCCAUUCCCAGCUUUCGAAGAAGCUUCUCAACCGCCACGCCGGAAAACAAAUCGUUUUCCGACAAAGCCGCCGCCUCUCAGCAGCAACCGACCACGCCGAUGUCCAAACUGCUCACCAUCCCGAACAUAUUAACCCUUACCCGGCUCGGGAUGCAACCGCUGCUCGUCGCGAGCUUUUACUUCGCCAACGAGCCGCUGCUGACUACGGCGCUGUUUUCCAUUUCCGCGCUCACCGACUACCUGGACGGGGUGGCUGCGCGGAUGCUGCGACAGAGCUCCCCCUUCGGGGCUUGGCUGGAUCCCGUGGUGGACAAAAUUGUGGUGUUGUCCACGUCCUGCCUGCUGAUUGAGAAGUUCUACUCCCCGAUGAUCACGAUUCCCGUUCUGGUUAUGGCCUCCCGCGAGUUGCUGGUCGCGGGGCUGCGCGAGCUCUACGCCAUCUCCGACACGUAUUGUAAGGAAAAAUCCCCCCUCCCCAUAUUGAAAAGGUAUGUUCCUAAAUUUGCGAUGCUGAUUUGUGACCACAAAUCCUGUCUCUCUUGCAAGAAGGCAAAGCCAAAGAAUCCGCCACCUUAUGGAGGCGAUUUGUAAUGCUAUUUCAUCUACAUGGCAGGCCUCUGCUAUGCUAAGCGCCUACAACAGAACACCCCUACGCAGGCUGAGGCUUUGCCUGUAGUGCCUCACUGCAUGACAGGCCUGAUUUGUGUACACAAAUCCAGCAACAGAAGUUUCCGCUUCAAUAUGGGGAGGGGGGAUUUUUCACUUUGAUAACAUGGACCGCUUCUUUAUCGGCUCGAGCCCUUUCGCGCGCGGUAUCGCCGCGAACGCGCAACAACAGGCCCAGGUGCUGAGCGGACAGAAAACGGUCCUCGAACACACGACCGACAACAGUCCGAUUGUGCUGCAGCCGACCGAGGGAAGCACAAACCGGACCUCGCAGUUGUCCGUGACACGACUAGCGAAGUGGAAAACCACUUUCCAGCUGGUGUCCGUGAUUUUACUGCUGUACGUCGAUGUUUUGGACUACAGGAGGUCCAGCGGAGCAGGAGGAGAGGGUUCAUCUCGUGGAGAUGAUGCGACAACAACAGACCAGCGCCCAAAAACCAGGUCGUCCCCGCAACGUAGUGGAGACCGCGAAAUUGAAACGACGACGAGAACCACAAGGACGGAAAGAGUGGAGCAGAGACUGGAGCAGGGUACGGGUGCAGGAACUGUUGGCGUUGCAGGAGCUCUGGGUGAGGGCGAGAAAGCUGCAAUGAAGCUGGCUGGAGAUGAUGAGCAUCAAACUCAAAAUUCCACCUCCAGCAGCGCCGCCGGUAGACCCGGCGCUACCGUCGUGAACCAACGCUUCUUGGGCGGAACAGAGCAGCCUUCACCCGCAGGAGUUACCUCCGGAGGAUCAGCUCCACCAGCGCCGGCGUACAUGGAGAUGCGACGGGGGACCCAGGCCGCAACAGCUGCGGUGGCGGAAAGUGGGAAGCAGCAUUCGCCUAGUGGGAAAAAGGUCUCAGUUAUGGAGGAGGUAACCACGACAAGAGUGACGCGUGUACUGGACAACCGAAUAGAACAACAUUCAGGUAGUAACGACGCAGGCAUCGCUGGGGCCUCAGCACUGGCAGGAAAGAGUGCGCAGAUUUUGGGCAGCUCAAGUGUAGUUUCAGCAGGACCAACAUCCAGUCGGCAAAUUGAGAGGACCUAUUUCCCCGACUGCUUGCAACCACACAACCCGAACUUGCAAAUUUUGGGAUUGCUCAGUUUGUGGGCGGCUGCGGCGCUGUCAACCAUUUCUGGCGGACAGUAUGCGCGAACUGUUUUUAAGCGCGUUGCGAGAACAAUUUGAUAUUGAUGAAGUUUGUACAUGUACCCUUUCGAGUUUCGACGACCAAAGUGGAAGCGAGCGCUGGAUUUAUAUAUGUCAACACGUCGAAGUUGAAUCCUG